CGCGCGCGCUUCAAGUUUUGCGUGUGUGCUCUUAUGUGUGUGUGUGAGUGCGUUGUAUUAAUUUUUUGGUUCCGUGAGUUUUACGUGGAUUCUUUUGGCCUGCCGUUCACGAUGGCCGGACUAGACGGGAAGACGAACACGAAGAAGUGACUGAGGUGACUGAAGUAAUUGUUCGCAUCGUUGUCGUGAAAUAGGCGCGCCGCACCGUUCGUUCAUUUGUUAAUCAUUCUUCUGGUCUUGGUGAUCAUCGUGCAGGCAGCCAAGCAGUCAGACGACAGGUGACUUGAUCGGUGGUGGAUGAUGCAGUGUCAUAAUUAACGGUUGAAUAAUACGAAUAUGUGCGUUCAAGUGAAGAAAUAUUAGCCACAAUCUAUUGCCUCUAGUGUGUGAGUGUGUAGUGCGCGGACACACGAAAUACCUUAUUUUCUCUUUCGUUUAGACUUAUUUGUUGUUAGUUUUUUUUUGUUGUUUUUAAUUCUGUUCUCACCUUGAUUAUCUAUCAUCUGUCGUUGACGUUCUUAUAUUUUGUAACAGCAGUUCCGCGGUGCACUUACCCGUGUGUGUAACUGUCUGUCUGUCUGGCUGUAGCCUAUUCUUCUCCUAUUUCGGUGACACGUCCAAGAUCAACGGCGCUUAUGAGUUCUGAUGGCGUCAAAAGAUGAUUUUGAGGUGCGCGUCCUGAUCUCGAAAGGGAAGCGAGCGGCUGCUGCAUACGUGCACGCAGAUUGUGCAAACAACGCGGCCCCACGACACCUGAACGAAGUGCUCGAUAACCUCCUGAACCCGUCGAAGGCGAUCGACGAAUGGGAGGCGAUAGAUUGGUGCAAGUGGCUCAUCGCCGGCGGUCGCACUCCAGACGAAUUCGCAAGCACAGUGAGGACGUUCGACAAUGCGACGACGUGCGGUUUAGUUUGGACGCCAAACUUCGUGGCCUACAGAUGCCGCACCUGCGGGAUAUCGCCGUGCAUGUCGCUGUGCACGGAGUGCUUCAAGAAGGGCAACCAUCAGCGACACGAUUUCAACAUGUUCUUGAGUCAGGCGGGCGGUGCCUGCGACUGCGGCGACACCUCGGUGAUGAAGGAGACAGGAUUCUGCGAUAGGCACGGACCCAACAAGUCCGUGAACACCGGGAAGGCUCCUUCCGAUCUGAUGUGCGUCGCCCAGGCGAUGAUGCCGCGAAUCAUCAUGCGACUGGUGCUGCACCUGCGAGAGAACAGCGUCUACGGUAAUCCGGACGCGUACAAAUGGGCGAUCAACGAUGCCGACGCCUUCAUCACGAUGCUGCUCGACUUCAACAACAUGGGCGGUCUGAUGCGCAGGGUGAUGACGUCCGCCCUCACCAAUCCGCAGAUGUAUCGGGUGCUGAACGAACAGCCCGACCCGCUACCAGAGACAGAUUACGCCCAGUUCCUCGCCAACUCGAAGAAGAUCUACCAGGAGGCACUCAAGGGUCUGCCGAAUCCGGUACCGCUGGACGAAUACAAAGAUUGUCCCUCCUUGCAGGAGAAUCUCGUCCAUAAGACUUUUCUCGAGGAGCUCGUUUUCUGGACCGUAAAAUUUGAGUUUCCUCAGAAAGUCGUCUGCCUAUUGCUCAAUAUGCUUCCCGACGCCGAUUACAAGGAAGCAUUGACGCGCGCCUUCGUCCUGCACUACAGUCGCAUCUCGAUGAUGCUGGAGCGAUCCGCCGAUCCGGAUACGCUCAGCAAUCGGGUCGUCCACGUCAGCGUUCAGCUCUUCUCGAACGAGGGCCUCGCUCUGCGGAUGACCGAGCAGCUAAACCUGCUGCACGUCAUGGUCGUAAGCCUCAAGUACAUGAUGAGCAAAAUCCUGAUUCAGAACACGCUGCACGAUCCCGACAAGAAUUUCCAUUACGUCGUCGACUGCGGUAGACCCGUGAUGAAGGAACACUGCUAUUGGCCCCUGGUCUCCGAUCUGAAUAACGUUCUGUCCCAUAGACCCGUCGCUCUCAGAUUCAUGUCGGACGAUUCGCUGCUGGAGAUGUGGUUCACCUUCCUAUCAAUGUUUCAAGGGAUGAACGUUAACCAGAGGGAGUUGAAUCAGCACGUCGAAUUCGAGCCGACCACCUAUUAUGCCGCUUUCAGUGCUGAAUUAGAGGCGAGCGCGUAUCCAAUGUGGGCGCUAGUUUCACACCUGGUUGAUGCCAGUACCUCGUCCCUCACCAGAAGGGUGCUGACUUCCUGCUUGGCUGCUCUGCAAGAGUGGCUCGAUGCCAUCAAUUAUACGAAUCCUGUAGUGAGCGACAGCUUCCAAGUGUCCUUUCAUCUGCCGCUGCAUCGUUAUCUGGCCGUGUUCCUGUGCCAGGCCGUAGCCAAACAGUCGAUAUCCCUGAACGAGGUUCUACCCUCCCCCGAGACGCUGCACCUGCUGAUGAUGCAUCCGCUCCGAGUUCAGGUAGCCUUUUACGAAAUACUGAAUGGGCUGUGGGUGCGAAACGGUCUGCAGAUAAAGGGACAGGCGAUGACCUACAUCCAGUCCAAUUUCUGCAACUCCAUGGUGGACGCUGAUCUGUACCUGCUGCAGAUAUGCUCCACGCGCAUCCCGGCCGAAAACUUCCUCAAUAUCGUCAUCGAAAAGUUCCACGUGAAGGAGUGGAUGAGCGUCGCCCCUUAUCAGGCCCCGCAAAACUCGUACCUGGAGGGUGAGCACGACACGCCUAUGCUUGAGAGCUUCCUCACCUUUCUGACGACGCUCGUCAGCGUGCGCACUAACCUCGGACUCUUGGAGACGGACGUCAAUCGAUUGGAAAUGAUCACGCUCCUGUGCAUGGGCGACAAGACGCACUCGCAGCUGAUGGAGCUGAUGCCCGAACGAUGCGGCACCUCGCAGAGUCGCGACUUUGAGGCGCUCCUCGCGGAGGUUGCCGACUACCGGGCGCCCGCCCUCGAAGCCACCGGUAACAUGCAGCAAGGCAUGUACGUGCCCAAGUCGCAGAUCUGGAAGCAGGAGUACGAUCCCAUCCACGUCCUGCUGCGCGCCGUCCAUCGACGAGACUUUCAGACAAGCAUGGAUCGAUAUACAGACGAUGCGCGGCAUGGGUUCAAAUUGAAGACGACGGUCAGCAGCCUGUGGCCUCCUUUCAGGGAGCCAUCCAAGUGUGGCGUCGCUUACGAGGAUCCCCGGAUGAUUCUGAGGUCGCGCGUCUUCCACACGGUCGCCCUUAUCGUCCUCUACAAGGCCAUGCAGAAUCACGUCUCCGAGCACGUUCUCGCACUGAUCGUAUUCCUUCUCGAGCAGGCGAUACAAAUCAACGAAUCAGAGGCAAAGAAUGAGGCAUCGAGCAUGUGCACCAGCGGUUCCCAGCCUCACCGUCCACUCAACGACAUGGAUCUGACAAAUUGGUUCGCGACGGACAGUCUUUCCGAAAACCUGCGCACCGUCAUCGGCCGCGUUAUCCUCACACCGGAACCGGAAGUGUCGCCCAUCACGUACAGCUCAGAUAGCAGUGAUCUUGAAUGGGAAAAUUCCGAGAGUGACAUCCUCAUGUUGGAGGAUGGCACCUGGAACAAUCCAGGACCGAGCACCCAGCCCAGCAACAUUAUGAUGCUGGUGCCGACGGUGCCCAGGAAUCUGCCCAUGACUACGAUGGCACCGAUGCGUGCCAUCCAACCGGCAGAAACAACACCUACCGUUGCGAAUGUCGUCGCCGUCGUCCCUCCUCCUAUGGCGACGUCAACUACGGAGGGUGGCGAAAAUUCUUACGCGGUCGCCCUUUCCUCCAACGUUAGCGUCAUGAGCUCAAGUACAAAUUCUUCGAGCAGCAGUUCGCAUCCUGCGUUACCUGCACCACCUCCGCCGCCUCUCCAACAUCGCGCCAUCCUCGAAGCAACGAACAAUGAGAUUCUGGCUGGAAUGACGGCAAUCGCCGGUCAGCUUUCGGCCUCAUCCUCGUUGGCUGUGAGACCGUCCACUUCCUCCUCUCUGGUGCCCACGCGCCGCAAGGGUCGCGGCAGUCCCUACUACUGUCGCAGACAGGGCAGCGUCGAGGGAGGCGGAUCAACAUCCAAUAAUCCACCUAGCGUUAAGAUCAACGAGAGCGUCGUGUCUCUUCUGCUGAAACUGCACUCGCAACUCGCCGGUGUUCCCGACAGCUACAACGUCGAUGAGGCGGCGGAUCGUCGAAAUCCGGUCGCGUUCGGCGACGGCACCUUCUACGUAGCACGUUUACUCGACCGAAUCGCCGGCAUGGAUCAGCAAUGUAAAGACAGCAUUCAGGAGACGAAGAAUCGCCUCUGGCCCAAGCAGGAGGAAGGCGAGGAAGAGCAGAUCCAACGGGAGAACAAGGAGCGCGAGGAGCGGAGGCGUCGCGCCAAGGAGCGUCAACGCCAGCUGAUGCAGGAAUUUGCCAACAAGCAGAAGCAAUUUAUGGAGAGCGCGAUGGAAACGGAAACGGAAAACAGUAAAAUGGAUUGGAGUCCAACGAGCGCCGAAACCUCGGAGCCCAUGAAUCAAGAGUACGAUUGCGUCAUAUGCAAUCAGAGCUCGCCGAGCACCGAGGAGAGGCCCAUGGGUUUGGUGGUUCUUGUGCAAGCAACCAGCGUGAUGGGACACAGACGAAGAGCACCGCAUCCCGAACGAUCUACUCUGCCCACCUGCGAAGAGGAGAAGGAAUCUCUAAAGACGGACGACACGCUUCUCUCUGAUUUUGAUAGGCGGUGCGAAGAACUGAACAGAUACUUUGACCCCGAGUCCUGGCUUCUGUCCAUCAACAUCGGCUGGGAAGGCGGCGUUCACGUGCAAACAUGCGGUCACCACCUGCAUCUGCACUGUCUCAAAUCGUACCUCUAUUCGCUCAGAUCGCAGCAGCGGCAACAGAGUUUGGCUCCGGAUAAGGGUGAAUACUUGUGUCCGCUGUGCAGGCAGUUGGCAAACUCGGUGCUGCCGCUCUCGCCGCAAUUGGGCGAAUGCUCGCAGAUGGUGCGAUCGCGACCCUCCAGCAUGGCCGACGUUCUCAACGAACUCGGCGAUUUCCUACGAGAAAACGAACAGACACCGAGCACAUCGAAUUUAUCGGAAGCCAUGGGCAAAGCGAUGGAGGACAUGACGAGCAGCACGCAGCUCAAGGCGAUGUUCAAACCGCAGACGGACAAACCGUCACACCAAAGUCUGUUCCUCUUUGUGACAUCGAUUGCGCGCACCAAUCUGGAGGUGGAGCUGGUGCAACGAGGCGGAUCGUUGGUCACGCUUACCGCAGAACCGCCCAAUCCACUUCUUCCCAAACGAGACUGCAUUGUUCCUCUGCUGCACGUGCUGGCUGUGCACGCUCGCGUUCUGGCCCUGUGGCCGGCAUCGAUGACGUUCCAACAGUUGUGCAGGGUUUCCAUGGUCAACGCUCUUGCCCCGAUCGAGAAGGAGGUUCCUCUGCUGAUACGAGAUCCGAUCGCCUUGCUUCUACAUUUCGUCCUCUUACUGCCUCUGCAUCUGGAUCAAACCUACUUUACAACGGUCGUGAAAAUGGUCUACAACCUGGUGUAUUAUCAAGUCGUCUCGCAAAUCUCUUGCGGAUUGACGGGAGCAGAGAGAGCGAAGGCAUGCGAAGGUGCAUCCGUCGGACACAUAGACUCGUUCGCGGCCGCGCUGGCGCUCAUCAAUCAAUCCUUGGGAGAGUCGGAAUUGUACAUGGAAGACGACGGUGCCGGAUGCAGCUCAACGCAGGUCAACGUGGUGGCCCUCGAGCAGCAAGUGCAGAAGUUGUGUCUGCCCUUUCUGCGGAUUGCCUCCCUGCUCAGACAUCACAUCUACAACCAGCCGCUGCCGGAUAUACGGGCACCGCAGUCCGAGUUCGUGCGGCUCGUCUACUACCUGGAACUGGUGACGGAGGGCAUGGACUGGGGCUGUUUCAAUUCGGCGGUAGCCCUCAAUUGGCCGCUCGACACGGACGCCCACGUGCACCGCUCGACACCGAGCACAUGGUGUCUGCAGCUGGCUAGCUACGCCCAGAGGUACCACAUUGCUGCCAAGAGCUUUUUGGUGGACCAGCACAUCACCUGGCAGCCGCCGCGACUGCUCGAGCUACCUCGCGAAUACGAGAAGAUCUUCACGUACUAUCAUGAGAGGCCGUGCAGUCAAUGCCACUCGGUGCCGCAGGAGACGAGCAUUUGCUUGCUCUGCGGCACCAUCGUCUGCCUGAAGCAGAACUGCUGCAAACAGCAGAACGUCUGUGAGGCGGUAGCCCACUCCUUGGAGUGCGGCGCCGGCACCGGCGUCUUCCUCGUCGUCACCUCCACGUACAUUAUUGUGAUACGCGGUCGUCGCGCCUGUCUCUGGGGUUCCCUCUAUUUGGAUGACUUCGAGGAGGAAGACAGAGAUUUAAAACGCGGUAAACCGUUGUAUUUGAGCAAGGACAGGUAUCAGCUGUUGGAGCAGCAAUGGCUCGCCCAUCGUUUCGAUCACACCAAGAAAACGUGGGUGUGGCAUCGAGACGCUCUCUAGACGAAACAUGAUGAAUAUUAUAUGGAUGGAUGAAUAUAGGUAAUAAUAUGAGAACUGCCAACGAACGACCGCGACGACGACGACCAUGAGCGCAUGCAAACAACGCCAACGACGAUCAUCAAAUCUAAUUAACCAACCAACCAACCAACCAAUCAGUAACAAAACAAAUAUUUAACAGCAACCACGCACCAUCCACCAUCAUCGUACGCAUGCAACGUGCUGCAGCUAGCUAGCUACCAGCUCCUCCUCCUACGUUCAAAAAGAGAGAGAGAGAGUAUGAAAGGACACGUUUUGUUUGAUGCAAAGAAAGAAAAAAUCUUUAGUCUCUUUAUACGAUGAUUAAAGUUUAGUUUACACUCGUUAUUUUUGCCUCUAUUCAAACACAUACAUACAUACAUACAAUUCUAUUUCGGCUUGUCGUCUCCUCUAGUUGAACAAACAACAAAUAGAGUGUGUGUAAUAUUUAUUUAUCUAUCGCUUCUGCUGUUUAAACGAACUAUUAUUCCGCCCUUAGCGCCAAUAACUCUAAUCUAGUCCAAUGAAACGGCAGACAACACACAUUAAUCUCCGCCCCUCCCUCUACAGACGUAUUGCACGUAUUGCAUAUUGUGAUGUGUGUUCCUCCUACUCCUCCUCCUCCUCCUUCUCACCUAUCAAUUACAUCAUCUUCAAUGCUGCAUUUGACUUGAAUAAGCGCAGCGCAACAUGAUAAAUCAUAUUUAUAUACACACACACACACAGACAAUUCUAAACAUAGACUGUAUGCAUACAUACACUGUUGUUGUUGUACGUCCUAUUUUGUAAUUUUAAAAAUGUAACGACAAUGGGAAAGAAUGAGAUUACAAAAGCACGAAAAUAAUCUCUGUAUGUUUUCGUAUGCUAGUGGGCAAGCGUGUGUGUAAACAUCAGUUUGGUCUUUUAUUAUAUAAAAAUAUUUGUUUUCUAUAUUUAUACCUGGUGUAUAAACAAAGAAACAGAGACAGUAACUAAUGGAAGCGAGAGCGGGCGAGAAUUUGCGAACGACAGUGUGUGGCUGGACGAUUUAUUUUUUAUUUUUGGAGUUUGGAAAGAAAGAAAAGAAAGCUAGGAA